AUGUCACUUCCCAGGCGUCCUUGCGAGGCCCUGCGAGAACACUUGGAGAAAUGCCUGGCCACGCCUCUCCGGUCCAUUAAUCUGCGCACGCUGGCGGAAACCGAUAGGGGCUACGUCCACACCGCGGUGAAGCAGCUGGGCGCACGCACCGCACGCAGUUAUCGUGACAUUGUGGGUGAGGUGCGCAAGGGAAGUUUAGACCGGGAAAUCGGCGCACGGCUGUCGCCGCUGGAGUUGAUCUGCAGGAGGGAGUUUGAGCGCUGUCUGGAGUUAAGCGAGCUGGCGGCCGUCUACCUGCGCAAGCUAGAGCGCGGCGAGAUAUGCAAGACAAGCAUACCUGUUCCAAAUGAACUUGGCGAUGACGCGCGCGUCGAAAGCAUCAUGAAGAGCGAAGAACACGGCACUGACGAGGGUGGUGGCGCGGACGCUUUGGCGGGGCGUUUUAUUGACGUCCUGGAGAAGCUCCGGCCCCACGACAACCUGUUUGACAUCGUCGUCAAUGAACAGUGGAUUCGCUCACAGGAUCUUAACAACUGGCUCUCGUGUUUUUGUCGACGGCGCGUCUCCUGGCGUGUCAUCCACGAGCAUCUUCUCCACCUCGUUGAGCCAAGUCGGUACUCACCGAUUAUUCGGAAGGACCAUGACAUGAGGAGCAUCUUGCAGCACUCCGGCACCUUUGUUGCGGAGCAGUACGCAAGCAGCAUCCAAUCCAUCCACGGCGGCUCCAUGACGAUUCACAUGGAGGAGCAGCCCGACCUUUUCACACGCGUCCCGCGUGGACGACUAGCGACCUCAAGCGACCUUGAUUACCUUGCGUGCCCCUCGGCCCCCAUGGCACCCGCGCCAUCUUCGGAUGUGAUCUACUCGGUUGAGGGGCACUUGGAGUAUGUGUUUAGAGAGCUCAUGAAGAAUGCCUGCAUGGCGAUGCGUUCACGAACAACCGAUAUUGAGCUGCAUGUGGGCUUCGCCGCGGAUGACACACACGUUGUAGUGGACGUGACGGAUGCCGCGGGAGGUAUCAGCGCCGAUGGUGCGGAGAAGCUUUGGUUUUUCGGCUGGACGACAAACUCCUCGUUGGAGACUUACAUGGGCGGCUUUGGCGUCGGCCUGCCCGCGUCCAAGUGCUACAUGGACCUCUGGGGCGGGAGAAUGGACCUCUACACGACCGAAGGGCGGGGAACCACCGUGCGCGUCAUAUUCCCCAAGGCCCCCACGGAGGUGCUCUGGCCAAGGCGAUCGCCCUCCACGCCUGCGUAG